CCCAAAGCCCCAUCUCGGUCGCAAAGUCUCCGGGGCAGUGGCGCGUCGCUCGCCGACCUUACCGCCUCGCCGCUUCCUGCCACUCCAGUGGAACCAUCAUCGCUUCUUUCACAGGAAGUAUUGCAACGAUGGGAAGAAAGUAAACGCGACGCGGAGAGCUUCUACGCCUAUGUGAGCGACGAGCAUAGGAGUGCGUACAUGAAAAAGAUUGCGCAGAUUACAUUAAAGAAUUAUGAGCGGAACAAGCGUGACCGACUGCGUGGUAUUGCCAAUGAAAAGCGUCUUGAUCGUAAAGGAAAUUUGUUGGAGUCCGGCGGAUUAUGGAUCGUUGAUGACCAGGUGCGUGCACAGCUGGCACGCAUGUAUCAGAUUGAGCAAGAUGGGGAAACAGUCACUGCUGCUGGUGGGGGUGAUGCGAAGAAAAAUGCGGCGGAAGCACCUUCAGAUGACACGACAACGCCAGAGACUGCUCCGCCACCGUUGAGUGAGGAAGAUGCCAUGCUGCAGCAAUUUGUUGCUCAGCGAAAGGCUCAGGAACUGUCGUUUGCGUCUGUACCGGAGGAAUUCAUGUCGAUCAGCGACGAGAACAGGGUGGAUGAUAAGACGGAGGAGGUGCGUCGACCACCCUCUUCAGCGCGGUCACCGGAGCUGUUGCUGAUGGACACAAGUUCACGAGUUUUGGUUUCGCAGCUCUUGCACAAGACGGCCAGUAGCAUGCUAAAGCGCCCAACCCUCUCCUGUGCCUCCCGUGCGAGCUCGCAGACCAGCAUGGCUAUUCUGGGCGGCAAACCCCCGAAGAAGGUCAUGCGUCACGCUUAA